AUGAAAGAGGAAAAGUCGAUUCAUGUGCCCAUGGCCGCAGUAAAGCCGCAGUCGCAGCCACAGCCGCAGCCGCACCUUUCAUUUCCUUCCUACGAAUACCCGGAAAAGAGAGGUCGGGAGAAAGUCAGCUCGCAACACCAUGGUCUUCUAGAAGCAUUGUUCCCCCGUCCUGGUGAAACGACAGAAACCUGGUCCUUGGAUAUGCUCUCCGUAGAACCGGGGGCCAUUGCCAGACGAUUGGAUCGUAGAUGGCAGGCAACGCCGCUCGUCAUCCAGGAUUCAACAAUAGGGGGAGCUCAGCUGGGUAUCUUUGUAUCGCAGUGUCAUGGUAUUAGUCCGUAA